UAAAUUGGUUGAUAGUGAAGUGUAUUAUUGCAAACAUAAUUAAGAUUCCCAAGAGUUAAGACAUAAAGUUUAACUGCUAAAUAAAAUUACUACGCGAUCUACUUGCAGCGGACUUAAACGUGCCUCUCUUUAAGUAUGUAAACCGUCCAAAUACAUCCGAGGUUGUUUUUGAAAAAAAUGGCCGAGGAGUUCCGAAUGUAUACGGAUAUGACAGACGACGAAGAGGAAUAAACGAGUAUUGGAAAAAAACACGACCACCACCAACUUUUAACAUCGAUUCGUCGAUUUAAAGAUUUCAGUUCAUGCAGAUGAUAGUACCUUUGAAAAAUUGGGCGAGCUUGAAUUCGAAUGCCCUCAUGGCUGGAUAAUUCACAAAGCCAACUGUUAUAAGAAAGUGGAUGUUGAGAUGACGUUCAACGAGGCGUCCACGACGUGUAACCUGGAGGGUGCUCAUCUGCUGUACUUGGCGAAUGAGAUUGAAUAUGACGAGGUCAUAGCCCACAACGCGCCAGGAAUGAACAUAUGGAUGGGCUUCGAGACGAAUGGAACCCACAUUGGUCGUAACGUUACUGGUUUCGACACUCCGAGCGAUCGGAUUCCACGUUGGGCUAACAACGAGCCCGCCCCAAACAUGCACGGCGUUGACUGUAUUCUGGUCGACUAUAUGAAGGGGCUUAUGGUUAGAGCGUGCGACGAGAUGCAUCCUUUCUUCUGUAAAAGAAGGGCCUGUCUCAAAGGUUACAUGUCCUGCGACACGGCUACGAAGUGUGUUCCUGAUGCGAGAAAGUGUGACGGGAAACUUGACUGUUUGGACACAAGGGAUGAAUUGGACUGUCCUAAUUAUAUGAACUAUAUAGACGUGGAAACCUCAGGAAGUUUUUCUACUCGCACCCUGUAUUCUGGUCAGCAAAGAAUUUGGACAAUGAAAGCUCCCAUUGGACGACGAAUUAAGCUUAACGUGCCGUCUAUGACUCUCGAAACGAAUGUGGCGUUUUUAGAAGUAUGGACUGGUAAUCCUACAUUUGCUGUUUCCCGGCUCAUAAAGAGGUUUACUGGAACUGUAAGUGCGGGCGUCUAUCUGUAUUCAGAUAACAACUACAUGACUGUUCGUCUGUACGCCAACAAUCGUCAGCAAGACUUCAACGCAAAAACAUUGAGUUAUACCGCAGAUAAUACAAACAUAUUUCUUGGCUACAAGGACCUUGACGCUACGGUCGCGUUGAAAUCGCUGACCUUCCCUUACCAGGGAAUGGAAUAUAAACCAAAAGGUCUACACCUGCGUUGGAGAAUUACAGCUCUUGGCGGAGAUUAUAUUACAUACUAUGUUGAGCCAAUAGAUAAGACGAAACCCACAUCAGGGAAGAUACGCGGCGGGAUGACAUACCUAGAACCGGGUGAUGUCCGAGUGACCGGACGUAAAGAACUGCACAUCACAAUGGAAGGCGUUCCUGAAAAUCUCCAACUUAUGUACAAAUCAGGCUGUGGUGACAUUACGCUGAUGCAUGAGUAUGGCACAAUACAACUGUUUGACGAACUGAUUCCAAACAAUGCAACGUGUACGUGGACAUUAAAAGGGGGAGAAGCAGUUGGUCGAGGACUGGCGUUAAAGUUCAUGAACGACCUGUAUGACGAUCCACGUACAACAUCGGCAACAAAGUCCAUGGAUAUAUUUACGAUUGAAGGCUCAGGAGGGACUAAGACUGAGGUGGAAAAUUAUCCUGAGAUGAUUUACCAUAGUUCGGAUGGUACCUUUAAAGUCACUUUUCAAUCUGAUGUUGUCCUUAAUUCAAAGAGUUCUAGUUUCGACUUCGGAGCAGACUGCCCAACGCUUGAAGUUUCCGAGCAAACUGAAAUGAAUAAAAACACGACUUACUUCAACGAACACGUUGUGUUGAUUUGCCCAACUGGAUACGACUUUCACCUUGAGAAGUACGCUCACAGAGAGUCUCUCAAUCUAAUGUGUACUAAAGGAUCAUGGUACAUUGAUGGUGAAAAAGUUGCCGCUAUUCCAGAAUGCAGAGAUGUCUUUUGUGGUAUACCGCCAAAAGUGAAAAAUGGCCAUCUUGUAAGCGUCACUGGAGCAAAGUAUUUGUCAGAAGCUACAUACGCUUGUGAUCCCGGCUUCAAGAUAAUUGAAGGAACCACUGGUUUAUGCAGUAAUAUCGGCGUUUGGAUUCACCUUCCAGUCUGUGUUGCAAUGGGAUCAAAUUGCUCGACAUUAGAAAACUGCGACACCGCAAUAUUAGUAUGCGAUGUUAUGACUGGAACUGGCGUUUGUCAAAAUGGGGGACUGUGCACGAAUGGACUGGAAACUGCCUCGUGCGAAUGUAAAUCAGAUUAUGAUGUGCUGCGGUGUUAUUUUGAUGAAGGACGUGUCGGAAUUGCUGGAGGUACAGAAACGUUAGACUUUAUUCAAGUACAGAGCCUUGAUGAAUGUAAAAGCAGAUGCUUAAAUAAUCCAAACUGCGGCGAUAUGGUGUUUGUGACUUCAUCUGGACAAUUUCAUUGUUUUUUGUAUGAGCGGGAAAAGUUUGUGUCUACAUCAGAUGAAUCUACGAGAAUGCACUAUCGAAGAAUUUGUCCCACAGAUUAUACAGGAGACUCGUGCGAACAAGUUAAGGAUUGGUGCUCCGAAGGAAAUAACCCAUGUGAGAACGGAGGAGAAUGUACGCCAAAAGGACCUGUUGGAUAUAUGUGCAUGUGUAAGCCAGGGUACAGCGGUGUUACGUGCAACAUUGACGCUGAUCCUUGUGGUACAAACCCAUGUGCGGGCGUAGCAAGAUGCCAGUCUACGGUAACAGAGUAUAUCUGUCAGUGUGAACAGGGUAAAAUAUUCACCGGAAGCCAGUGCAGAGAUGAUCCCACAAUACCGGUCAUUUUAGUUAACAAUUUAUAUGGUGUACUUGACGCGCCAACCCUACAAACACCAUUCCGUUGGAUCAACAAAACGAUUUCUAUAAUGUUUAUGAUCAGAGUGCAUGCUAGUUCUGACCAUGAAUUGGCGAGUUUGUUGAAUAUUUACGUGCAAAAUUCAUUAAAUCCAAACUACCAGGAUUAUAUGUACUGGAUAUCCGUUAGUCGCAGAGGAAUUGGGAUUAAAACGAACAUGUCUCCUUGGUUGGGUGUCACGUUUAACGAAGAUUUUGGAAGUGAACUCGGGGAUGGGAGCUGGCAUCAUUUGGGUAUUGCAAUAAAUGAGAAUGGUAUGCUGUCGGCCACUUUAGAUGCUAUCACGAUAGACGAUGCUGUUGAAGUUGUAUCCCCUCCGGCGGGGGAAAAGAACGUGCAGAUAUCUCUUGGCUAUUUGAAUCUAGCCGAAUAUCAGGAUGUAUCAAUAUGGGACGUAACUUUAACGAGCCGCGAUUUCGCACUAGCGUCUGUUGGCACUCAACCAUCUGUUAAUCCUAUACAAGGAUGGUGGAACUAUGACCCUAAGACCUCAGGGAUGCGUCUGACAGAACGGUUGCUGCAUAAUCUUCUAGACGAUCCGAAUAUAAACUUCCCGCAGAUGAACUGUGAUGGUUUUGAAAACAUAAUGCAUCUGUCUGCUGAAGGAGUUGUAGACAGGGAUACAUUUGUCGGCAAGAUUGAGGAGGUCAAAGAAAAUACCAAUGGAACUCUUACUUUCAAACACUCCCUUCCACCAAGUCUGACAUGGGGAUUCUAUGAAACAGUUAUUGUCGGUAUGAAUAGUAACACCCUCAACUACGGAGAAUGCAGAGUGCAGCUUGUGGUAAAAUACAACGACGAAUGUCCAGCAGCUCGAUCAGACGACACCCAGAGAAAAGUAUGUCCUUCAGGUGCAGACGCCGUGUGUGAUCUCGCGUGUUUAGAUACAAAUGAAGCACUUUUUGCACCUGUUCCUAAAUAUAUAUCUUGUGGUACGCUUGGCGUUUGGGAUACAAGAGAACCGUAUGAAGAUCUCGUUCUUCCGGGAUGUACAAUCAGCAGAGACCCAAGGUAUGCAGUCACAAUCAUGAUGAAAUUUUAAGCAGUGAUACAUUGUAGAAAUUUGAACAUAAACACUGCUGUUACUGAUACAUUGAACGAUAUGUUAAUGAACGAUAUAAAUGGUGAAAAAUGGACGGGACUUUGCACCGGAGCCAAUUGUGAUAACCUUGAAAUCACAA